AUGGCUGACAAGGAUGGGUCGGGGGAGAUAGACGCGGAGGAGGCCUGCGACUUGUUCAGUCAGUUCUGCUGCCCGAGGGCGACGAUAGAGGAGAUCAGAAGGACGUCAGCGAGCCUGAGGAAUCAGAUGGACCAGGACCGCAAUGGCAAGAUAUCUUUUGAGGAGUACGCUUUCCGUUUUGGUAGGAAACUGCAAAUGGAGCUGGCUCGCAGGCGCAGGGAGGGGCUGGUGCCACGUGGUGGUUCAGGUGUGGCCGGGGGUGGUCAGGGAGGAGGAUAUAGCAGUAUCUAUCCCGCUCCUCCUACGGAUGAGGAGCAUGAUUCCUAUCUGCGGCAGCGACAGGCGCCAUCCUCCUCCAAGGAUCACACAAGGCUCCGGGCACAAAGACCGGAGCGGGGAGGCAAUGUUGGAGCCGUUCUAUCCUCCUCGCUUUCAAGAGAGUCGAUGACCGUGGCUGGGAUAGCCCUCGUCAUGCUCAUCCUGAUCCUCUUCGCGAUCUUCUCCGAGGGGUCGACAAAGUUCAAUGCUAGAUCAACGACUAGAUAA